AUGCAGUUCCAGCCGUACCCGAUAGACCCCAACGCUCCCCCCUCGCCGGGGCACACCACCCCAAAGGCUAGCGAGUCUCUCGCAGCUCCGAUGAUGAACCCCCAUGCAGCUCGGUCACACACCUCCCUCAUCGAUCCCCGGGUGGAGGAACUUCAAGCCACCGGAAACGGCUACGGCGGUCCUCCGGACGCUAACCUCAAUGUCGAUUCCCUCCCUCGCCGCGGCCACCAACCGAGCGCAAGCGUCGGCUCGUUCACGUCUUUUCUUAGCAGCAGCCCGCCGUCGUUCGCUGCCGACGAUCCGCAUGCAGAGCAACAUUUGCAAGCCGGUGACGACAGUGGCGCUGCAGGAAUAGCACCCCCGGUCCCUCCCAUGGGCGGGGAUGAGUUCAGUUUGCCAAGCCCUGCUGAUGAUGGAAACGACCAAAACGCUCACUACCCCGGAGUCGUCAUGAGUGGCCCGGGGCUUGGAUUCGACGACGUCACGCUCGAUGCCGACUCGAUGGCCGACAUCCUCGACCCCGCUGCGGCGCCGGCGGGCAACCAGCCCGGCCCGAAAGCAGCGGGUGCCAACAUUGCCCCAUGGCUCGAAGAGGACGAGCCGCCCUCUCCGUCUUCGACGCCCUCGCAGUCCAGUCUAAGGCCGCCGAACCCGAUCCACGCAGAGACUAUGCCCCCGUCCCUCAUCUCGAGCGCGAGCACGUCGACAACACAUGUGGACAGGAAGGAGAAGAAGUCACAUCUGAGUCACUUUCCCUCUGUGCCCAACAUCCCGCGGAUACUGCACCGGCACCACCACCACGGCUCGACAUCGCAGCACAAGGGCUCUGGAGACGACUUCCUGCAGCCGUAUCCACUCGGAGCUUCGACACAGGCGUCCUCUGCGUCAUCCCUGUUCAACGACGGCACGAUCACACCGACAUCCUACAGCUCUCACAAGGCUCGAUCGAUCAUCGGCGGACGCGAAUCACCAAUACCGCCAAUCCCUGAUCGCGCAGGCAGUGUGGCUUCAACAGGAGGACAUCACCACAGGUUACGCUUCGGGAGCACGGCGACGACAGCCAUGACGUCGAGCUCCGGGGCGAGCACAUACGGUGACUCACAAAGCAAGAAGAAGGGGUUCCUCGGCAACUUCCUGCGAAGAAAAACAGGGAGUGGGGGUGCUUCUUCCCCACAGCUGCCGCCCGACUUCAUGCCCCCGUCGCGCGUGGUGACGUCCGGCUCAAUAUCGACACAAGGAUCGAGCCUGCGAAACCAGAGCGUGUCGACGCAAGGGACGGUCUCACCAACAGCGACAUGGAGCGCACGCAGCAACAGCAUUCAGUCCGACGCCAAUGUGUCCCCGCUACAUGCACCGCAGGAGGAGGACGAUGAGCCAGAGCUCUUCCUCAACACGAAUCUCGACGACAUGGAGGGAAUCGUGGACCCGAACAUUGCGAACCAGCCGCGGCCACCAGUGCCAUUGCCCACCUCGAAUGUGGGAGGAGAAAUGGGACUCGCCGAUGCGCUCCACCACACCUCGUCCUUUGCGUACGGCAACGGUACUGUCGGGCCUUCGAACGGGCGAGCGAUUGUGGAGCAGGCCGGAGGCCCAUCAGCAUUCACACGGCCGAAUCCCUUCAUGUCGUACUCGUCUGGCUCGGCGUCUGGCUCUGAGCCGCCAUCACCGUUUACUGUCUCUCCGAAGACUUCCAUUCCGAACGCCACGACGAAUGCGCCGCGACGACCGUCUCAGCUCCGGAAUGUCAAGAUCAACUCUGUGGACAGCGAGAGCUCCGACGUCUCGAGUCUGCAGCCUCUCGCUCCAUCGUGGGCGCAGGGCAUGCAACCCCCGCCCAACAUGUUCAAAGACCCGUUCGGAUCUGUUUCGUCACGCACCACGCAGCGCGCCGAUGGGGCGCCCGUAUCCCCGUCCCGCUCCACGAUUGCGCCGGGGAGCUACGAGGGCGCAGGCUCCAGUCAGUCGCACGGCUACGCCCCGGCUAUUCCGCCGCAUAAUGGGACCGCUCCUGCGUCAUCGUCGGCCGCCUGGGCGGCUCCGGAGAGUUGGGGCGUGGAAGCGGAUGGGCCAGGGCAGGAGGAGGAGGACACGACGUCGAGCAGCGGCAGCGAGUCGGACUGGGUUGAGUCGUCCGAGAGCGUCGUCACGCCGGGAUGCUGCGAGGGCACCGACCCCAUGGCCGUGCCGGACGGCGCGGGCGUGUCCGGUGUUAGCACCCCAAGAGCGGCCAGAGGUAGUCACCAGGGCCACCACCAUCACCACCGUCACCGGCCAAAGACAACUGGCUUACACCACGACAAGAGCCGCUGGGUCUCGGAUGCGACGGCGAGCGUUCCGCACUUCAUCCGUAUCUACCGCGCAGAUGGCUCGUACUCUGUGCUCUCGUUCCCGAUCGGGACAACGACGAGCGAGCUCAUCUCGUCUUUGUCCGGUGGCGAGGCGUCGACCAAGAUGAAGCUCUACAUCCGCGAGCGAGGGCAAGACCGUCAACUCCUGUCGUCGGAGCGGCCGCUGGCGCUGCAAGCUCGACGAUUGCUGCAGGCCGGCUACACGGAGGCCGAGCACAUCGAGGAGAUCGGAAAGGAGGAUCUCAGCAUGCUCUGUCGGUUCAUCUACCAGACUCCAGUUCUGCCCGUCAUGAACCCAGAGGAGGAGAGCUCGUACGAGUCGUUCGAGUUCAUCGACCUGUCCGGCCGUGACCUGCAGGUUAUCCCGAUUUUCCUGCACCUGCACGCCGACAACAUUAUCAUCCUGAAUGUGUCCCGCAACCCGAUGACGGAUCUGCCGCUCGACUUUAUCCAAGCUUGCACGAGUCUGAAGGAGCUGCGCAUGUCCAACAUGGCGCUGAAGAAGAUCCCGGCGUCUCUUCCGGCCAGUACGACAUUGACGCGCCUCGACCUCUCCUGCAAUCGUAUCGCGGAUCUCGAGUCGGCGCACCUGUGCGACAUCCAGACCCUGCUCUCCCUCAAGGUGCAGAACAACCGCCUGUCGUCGAUCCCGACCUACUUCACGCAGAUGCACGGGCUCAAGUAUCUGAACAUUUCGAACAAUGUGUUCGACGAGUUCCCCGCCGUCAUCUGCCAGAUGAGCAACCUCAUGGAUCUUGACGUGUCUUUCAACCGCAUCACGGAGCUGCCCGCCGAGUUAUCGAACCUGCGUACUCUAGAACGCCUCAUCUGCGUCGGUAACGAGCUGACCGAGUUCCCGGAGACUUUUGUGACGCUCGAGAACCUGCGUGUCCUGGACGUGCGUAGAAACAAGCUGAUCGACCUCAACCCGGCGUACGCGCUUCCGCAGCUCGAGGUGCUGCGCGCCGACAGCAACGACCUCGUUACGCUCGAUACGGAGCUCGGCCCGCGAAUCAAGGACUUCAGCGUGCCGCACAACUCGAUCACGGGCUUCACCCUCGCUUCCGUCACCGGCAUGGCAUACUCGCUCACGAACUUGAACCUGUCGCACGGCAAGCUGUCGAGUCUGGCGGAGAGCGCGCUAAGCGAGCUCGUUAAUCUCUCCGAGCUCAACCUCAGCUUCAACCAGUUCACGCGGCUGCCGCAGACACUCGACCGCCUCGUCAAUCUCGAGAUUUUCAGCUGCACGGACAACACGCUGGACUCGCUGCCCGAGAAUUGUUUCGGCAACAUGCAGCGGCUGCGAAUCUGCAACAUUCACAAUAACAACCUGAAGAAUCUCCCGGACGACGUGUGGAACUGUGGCGCCAUCGAGAGCAUCAACCUGUCCUCGAAUCUGCUCGUGACCUGGCCCAGCCCGCAGAAGUGGUACGAGCAGGUUGCGGCCGACCCGAUGCGCAAAAUGUCCACGGUGUCGGCGCUGUCGAGCAAGUCGAAGAGCCUGGUCCCGCCCGCGGGCGAGAGUCUGACGCAUCUCUUCCUCUGCGACAACAAACUGAACGACGACGUGUUCGACCAGAUCGCCCUCUUCGGCAACCUCCGCGUGCUCAACCUCAGCUUCAAUGCCGAGAUCCUCGAAGUGCCGGCGUACACGCUGAGCCACUGCCAGCGGCUCGAGGCGCUGUAUCUGUCCGGCAACAAGUUGACGAGCCUGCCAUCCGAGGACUUGGAGCAGCUCACAAACCUCCGUGUGCUGCAUCUGAACGGUAACAAGCUGCAGACGCUGCCCUCUGAGCUCGGCCACCUCAAGCACCUCGAGCACCUCGACGUCGGAUCCAACGUACUCAAGUACAACAUUGCCAACUGGCCGUAUGACUGGAACUGGAACUGGAACACGGCCCUGCGAUACCUGAACCUGUCGGGUAACAAGCGUCUCGAGAUCAAGCCCACGAGCGGACAGGAGAUGUACCAGCAUGCGGGAGGGCCGCGGCGGGAGCUGUCCAACUUUAGCUCCCUGUCGCACCUCCAAGUCCUUGGUCUCAUGGACGUGACGCUGCGUAUUCCCGUGCUGCCAGACGAGUCGGACGAGAAGCGUGUGCGCACCUCCUUCUCCAACAUCAACAACAUGGCGUACGGUAUUUCGGACAUGCUCGGCUCCGUCGACCACCUCGCCAUGUUUGAUUUGGCCGUGCCCAACUUCCGUGGCAGCGCGGACGAGUGUAUCUUUGGUAUGUUUGGUCGCGCCGCGCCGAGCAUUCCCGCAGGCAAGAUCCCAAAGUAUGUCCAGGAGCACUUUGCGACGAUGCUCGCGGAGCAGCUGCGCGCUCUGCAGCCCGACGAGGCGACGACGGAGGCGCUCCGCCGAUCGUUCCUGUACAUCAACAAGGCGACGUUUGACGCUCUGUCGGGCAACGACAAGCGUCACCGUGACUCGAACGGCUCGCUCCUGACCAUGGGCCUCGUGCGGAAAGGUCCCAGUAUCCACACUCAGUUGCGCACAGGUGCCUCGGCCGCUGUCGUGUACAUGCGCGGCAAGGACCUGUACGUUGCCAACGCGGGCGACACGCUCGUUGUCAUCUCGAGCGCCGGACGCGCGGAGCUGCUGUCCAAGCGUCACGACCCGACUGACCGCGAGGAAACGGCACGUAUCCGACGGGCCGAGGCGUGGGUAUCGACCAAGGGCUUCGUCAACGACGACAAGGAGAUUGAGAUCUCGCGCGCGUUCGGAUUCUACCAGGCGCUGCCUGCCGUCAAUGCGUCGCCUGAGACCAAAUCGCGACAGCUAAACGAGACGGACGAGUUCAUCAUCAUCGGCAACUCGGCGUUGUGGAAGUGCUGCCCGUACCAGACCGCCGUCGACAUUGCGCGCACGGAAGCGAAAGAUCCAAUGAUGGCCGCGCAAAAGCUGCGCGACUUUGCCAUCUCGUAUGGCGCCGAGGGCAGCGUCAUGGUCAUGGUCGUGAAUGUGUCGGACCUGUUUGUUGGCGCUGGCCCGAUGGCGGACAAGGGCCUGGACGAGUUCAGCGUGAAGCAGCGCGCGCCCCGCCGGCGCAUCGAGGAGGUCGGCGACCGCACCCUGAACCGGCUGCAGCAGGAGAUUGAGCCGCCGACGGGGCAGGUCGCGAUCGUGUUCACGGACAUUGUCAACUCGACCGCGCUCUGGGAGACGAACCCCGGCAUGCCGACCGCGAUCAAGAUGCACCACUCUCUCAUGCGCAGACGUCUGCGCCUUGAUGGCGGCUACGAGGUGAAGACUGAAGGCGACUCGUUCAUGGUGUCCUUCCAGUCCGUGACGGCUGCGUUGCUGUGGGCGUUCAACUGCCAAAUCGGUUUGCUACAGCUCGAGUGGCCCCGCGAACUCCUCGAGUCCGAGGACGGCAAGAUGAUUUUCGACUCGCAGGGGAACGUGAUCCACCGCGGUCUCCGGGUGCGCAUGGGCGUGCACUGGGGCGCACCCGAAUGCGAGCGCGACCCCAUCACGCGGCGUAUGGACUACUACGGCCCGAUGGUGAACCGCGCAGCGCGUAUCAACGCUUCAGCAGACGGAGGGCAGCUCAUGGCGUCGCAGGACGUGAUCAACGAGAUCCGCAAGCUGCGCGAGUAUAUCGAGUCCUCAGACGAGCACAGCCUGGACGAGCUCGACCCGGUCGUGAAGCGCGACGUACUUGAGCUCCGCCGCAUAGGCGGCCUCGACAUCAAGGACAUGGGCGAGCGCAAGCUCAAGGGUCUCGAAGUGCCCGAGAAGCUCUCGCUGCUGUACCCGAAAGCGCUGUCUGGACGGUUGGAGCUCUUCACAGGUCUCCGCGCCAAUGUCGAGGUCAACAACGACGCGCGCAUCUUCGCCUCGGACCAGGACAUCGAGGACGCCCGCGCCCUGGCGGCGAUUACACUCCGUCUCGAGGCGCUGUGUGCGCUGCAAGCCUCCCCUGUUGAGUCCAAGCCGCCCUCCCCGACCACACCGUAUAGCGACCCGCGUCUGAGCAUGAUGUCCGGCUCAGCGCCCGGGGCGAACACGAACAUCCCCCCGCCGGGAACCCCGGGCGGCCCAGCCGGUGCGCGGAUGAGCAUCUCCGGCCCCGUGCCCACGAACGCAGGCCACAGCAACACGGCGAAGCGCGGAAGUGGCCUCUCGCCCGUCCCCAACCCGCACCUCGGCCCCGCGAUCCGCGACAACAUGACCGAGGACGAGUACGUCGAAGUCGUCGGCAGUCUGACCACGCGUAUCGAGAACUGCCUCAGCACGCUGUACCUGAAACACCUGGGCGGGUUUGCCAGCGUGCUCGCGGCACUGGAACAGGCCACGCAUAUCGAUAAGGGCAUGCUUGUGCAUGCGCUGAGCCAGAUGAGCGGGCAUAUGGGCAACAGUGCCGGCGUGAAUGGGUACGGCGGCGGCGGUCACGGCGGUUACGGCGGUGGGUAUGGCGGGGGUGUGUACGGCGGGUACGGGAGCGGACAUGCUACGCCGACGCCGAACAGUCCGCGGAUUGGGCCGGCGUAG